CUUGGACGGUCUUAGAAAAAGUUUUCUUGAACUUGCGUUUGGAUAUGUGGAAGAAUGUAUGCUCACUUUUGCUUCUCUAUAAUUAUCUGGUAACUCUGUGUGUGCAUAAGGAGUAGGUUUAAAAGAACCGUAUACUCAUCCCUCUCCUGAUUUAGGCCCAAUUUCAACUAAUCGACAAGUGCAACCUGCUUCCGGAAAUAUGCAGGACCUAAGUUUUAAGACGUCCCCACGGGGAGUCUUUCUUUCUGCCUCAGCAGCCAAUGGUUGGUUCAUGCCCGGAAGCUUUACUGUUUAUGCUGUAAAUACACCUUGGGAUCGGAUGCCACCUUUCUGCCUUUUCCCAAUUCAUCUCGAACAGUUUCUUGUGUGGGGAAUUGUACCAAAAUGGGAAAGCUGUAGUAUGAUUUGCUUUUGAAGUAAAAACAUGAUUUGGAUAGAGAGCUGUUUGUGCUCUGCAUCUCGGUAUGCAUAAUCUAUAUAGCAUUUACUGAUAGUUUACCAAAUAAUUAACACUUAGGAUAAAAUAAGACUUAUAAUGUAAUUUCAUUUCACUAGGUAAGAUAACUUGGGGUGUCUCUUUAGGGGAAAAUUUUAUUUACUAGUCUGAGUGGAAGGUCUGCAUUCUCAAUGUCCUGCUAAUUACCUGUGUAGGUCUUAAACUGGUUUAGACUCAGUCUUGUUUUAGUCAGCGUAAAUGUAUUAGCCACAGAUUUUUCCUAGCUAUUUAUAGUUGUUGAUUCUAGUCAGCACCCUAACAAAAUAGCAGAGAGAGGCAAGUAGCUGAUACAUUGCAUGGACUGAAGUGAGUUUUUGAUAGUCAAAAUAGGCUUUUACAGUUGUUUCAUAUUUAAGCAUGUGGCACUUUUAGAAAUUGGUACACUUGCAUCACUAGUUGACUUUCAAGAAAUUUUAAAAGGUAAGCUUGAGCUUUCAUUUGAAGAAAGACCAAAUUGUUGAGUUAUGGCAUGUUCAGAUAGGAUUAGAAUGGCAUUUUAAUGGAUACCUGCUGUCUUUGCUUACCAUCUGUGGGUUUCUUAUCUUUAUGCUUAUUAUGAAACUAAUUCAUAUCAAAUUGAGUACAAAUGAGUCAUGCAAACUGUCAAGCAAACUUAUUCUGAUGAAAUUUUAGCAUGUGAAAUUGAUUUACUGAGAAAAUGUGAAGGGAAUGUUGUUAUGAAAAUCAUGACUUGGCGUUGCAUGGCAUGUUUGCUUUUCUCCAUGGUGACUAGAAAUGUUGCUAUUUUUUUCCAGAUGACUCCUUUGUACUUGAUUUUUGUCAGAAAUGUUGAUCUUAACCAUGCAGAGUAAUGCUGGCCUUUUGUUUUGCAUUCUUUUUCUGGACAAAAUCCUGGCCCUAAGUGAGAUUGUAUAGUAUUUAUCAAAAUCUUUAUAAAGAACAGCGUUCUCAUUCCAUGGAGAUGCAUUUUGUUCUCAUACGUUAAUGUACCCAGAAACCAUGGGCUUAACGGAAAUGUGCUUGAAUUAAAGCUUGUUCCUGAGAUGCUGACAAGUCACAACCUAAGAGAAAACAUCUAUUGUGCUGCAGACAUUUGGCUGGGUUUUACUUCAUCUGGCCUUCAGUUGGUAAGAACUUAUGACAGUGGGGAUCUAAAUGUCCUCCAAUACGGCUUCAAUGACUAACUUUGUUUGUCUCACAACAUCAUUAAUGCGUUCAUUGCAGCUGUAGGGAAUAAUGUUUGCCAGCCUGAGAGUCUGUGGUAUAAGAACCAAAUGACUGUACUGUUGUUUUUUUGGGUUACAUAAAUAGUAGUAAAGUUUUGUCAAUUUUGAUGAGACUGAAAUUAGACCAUGCUAAACACAAUUAAAAGGGUUUUUUAGUCUAAACUUUUAGCACUGCAUUAUAUUAACAGAAAAAAAGUUAAAUUAUAAUUGGUAUUAAACAGUUUCCAGGGAGGGAGCAAGAAAUGUAUUUGAUACACAAGCACAACUAUUCUUUGUACUUACUGUUCUUUAACAUGCCAAAGAUGCAUGUGUUCCUUUUGAGAGUGCUAAGGCAGUUGCUACUUUAAAAAUCAGAGUAGUAGUGCUGUAAAACUAAUUUCAGACCUUAUUCAGCCUUCCUUGCCUUGCAUUGGUUUGGUGAAAUGUGUGGGUUUUAAUGUCAUGAUACUUUGCUUUCAUUGCCUCCUACAUUGCAUUUAUUGUUUGAAAAGUGCAAAAUACUGUAUGAUGCAGUUUACUGCAUUAAAAACACUGGAUUCUUAUUCUUACAGGACAGUUCUAUGCAUGCCUAAAAUUCUAUUCAUGUCAAGUACCAUUGAGUUCAAUUGGACCUACUCCUGGGAUUAGCUUUAUAGUCUUAUUAUGCUGAUAAUAUUGAUGGAGCAUGUUUCCUUUUUUCCCCCUUUCCCCCUCCCUCCUCCCUCCUCUCUUCCCACACUGGCUACAGCAGGUUAUGCUUACUUCAGUGUACCAAAAACAACUUUUGCGAAAAAGCAUCUCAGAUAAGGGUUUUGUGACAUAGCCAGCACAUAUGAAAUUGCAUGCUCCUUUCAGGAGUUUGUGCAUCUCUGCUAAGAAACAGGAGAAAGAAACAUCAUAAUGUGGCUCACCUUUCACCUGGAAACGUGAAUAUAGCUUUAAAAAAAGAUGGCCGACAAGAGUGGAAAAAUUAUUCCAGGUCCAUUAUACAUUGAAGUUGAAUAUGACUAUGAAUAUGAAGCAAAAGACAAAAGGAUUGUGAUAAAACAAGGGGAGAGAUACAUCUUAGUGAAAAAGACUAACGAUGACUGGUGGCAAGUCAAAAAGGAUGAAAAUUCCAAGCCCUUCUAUGUUCCAGCACAGUAUGUCAAAGAAGUAACUCGCAAAGCACUGAUGCCGCCCAAUAAGCAAUUGGUUGGAAUGCCAAACAGCUCUCUAAAACUUAUGCAUGGGUUACAGAGGUCAACAGAAAAUGUGAAUAAAUCUCCAGAGCUUUCUAGUUUUGGAAAAUCAUCUCCAGUUCAAGUUUCUGGCCUAGUUCGGGAUGCCAAUCAGAAUCUGGGACCAAGCAGUAGCCCAGGUCAGAAUACUGGUCUGAGCAUGGACCUUGUCCCCAAUAAUGGGAAAUUUAUUGAGUUACAGGUUCCCAAAGUUUCCAAUCAGAACAGAACCUUAUCUAUGUCCCACUUUCCUUGUUCUGAAUGUAUGGAAAUAGAAAAGACCAGUUUCUUGCAAGAACAGUCCUGUGACUCUGCAGGUGAAAGCUCAGAAAAAAUCCACCAGGAUUCGGAAUCGGGAGAUGAACUCAGCAGUAGUUCCACAGAACAAGUGCAGCCAGCAACACCACCAAGCCAAGGAAGGCCAGAUUCACCAGUUUACGCUAAUCUGCAAGAACUGAAAAUAUCUCAGUCUGCACUUCCACCUUUGCCCAUCAGUCCUCCAAUCCAAAUUAAUGGGGAAUGGGAGACCCAUAAAGAUACAACAGGACGUUGUUACUAUUACAACAAAGGAACGCAAGAGAGAACCUGGAAGCCUCCACGUUGGACUCGUGAUCAAAGUAUAAGUAAAGGAGACUCUCUGAACCAAGUAGAUCAAGAGGCUCUUUCAUCACAAGAAAACUCCCACAAUUUUUCUAACAGCCAGUCAGAUAGUCAGUAUGGUUCUCCUCCCAAAGGGUGGUCAGAAGAGUUGGAUGAACAUGGCCAUAUGCUAUAUACCAGUGACUAUACUAAUGAAAAGUGGAUAAGGCAUGUAGAUGAACAAGGUCGAUCAUACUACUACAAUGCAGAUGGAUCACGAUCUGAAUGGACACUGCCAAAAUAUAAUGCUUCACCACAACAGCAAAGGGAGAUAAUUAAAAGCAGGAGUCUGGACAGGAGGCUACAGGAACCAAUAGUUUUAACAAAAUGGAGGCACAGCUCAAUUAUGUUGGACACAAAUGACAAGGAUUCUCCAGUUGCUUCAAAGAUUAGUUUUUCAGAAAAUGAAUCCUCUCCUUCUUCACCAAAGCAUCAAGCCACAGACCAAGAGAAGUAUGGAAUAUUAAAUGUUACAAAAAUUACAGAAAAUGGCAAAAAAGUUCGAAAGAAUUGGAUGUCGUCAUGGGCUGUAUUGCAGGGGUCCUCAUUACUGUUUACAAAGACUCAAGGAAGCGGGACCGGUUGGAAGUUUGGGGUCAACCAGUCAAAACCAGAGUUCACAGUUGAUCUCAGAGGUGCAUUUAUUGAUUGGGCUACAAAGGAGAAGUCCAGCAAGAAGAAUGUGAUUGAGCUGAAAACACGGCAAGGGACAGAAUUGUUAAUUCAAUCGGAUAAUGAUAUUUCUGUUACUGAAUGGUUUAAAGUCCUUAGUUCUACUAUCAGUAAUCAGACUAUAGAGUCUGAUGAAGCAUUAGAUGAUGAUGUGCCAGAUUCUCCUGGGGUAGAAAAACAGGACAAAGAAAAGGACCAUAAAGACUCUAAAAAACUGCGCUCAAUAAAACUGUCAAACAGUAUUGAUUGUUCAGAGCAGAAGAAAACUAAAACAAAAUUGAAGAAAUUUUUGACCCGCAGACCUACAUUACAAGCGGUCCGUGAAAAGGGCUAUAUUAAGGAUCAAGUAUUUGGUUGCAAUCUAAGCAGUUUGUGUCAAAGAGAAAACACCACUGUGCCAAAAUUUGUGAAGCUGUGUAUUGAGCAUGUUGAAGAACAUGGAUUGGAUGUUGAUGGAUUGUACAGAGUUAGUGGCAAUCUUGCAGUAAUACAGAAGCUAAGAUUUGCAGUUAAUCAUGAUGAAAAACUGGACUUGAAUGAUAGUAAAUGGGAAGAUAUCCAUGUCAUUACAGGAGCUCUAAAAAUGUUCUUCAGAGAGUUGCCAGAACCACUAUUCACUUAUAGUCAUUUCAAUGACUUUGUCAAUGCGAUCAAGCAAGAGCCUAGACAGCGUGUUCAUGCUGUAAAAGAUUUGAUUAAACAGUUGCCAAAGCCAAAUCAAGAUACCAUGCAGGUGCUCUUCAGACACCUCAAGAAAAUUGUUGAAAAUGGAGAGAAGAACCGGAUGACCUAUCAAAGCAUAGCAAUAGUCUUUGGUCCAACCCUCUUGAAACCAGAGAAAGAGACUUGUAACAUAGCAGUGCACACCGUGUAUCAGAAUCAGAUUGUGGAGUUAAUCCUACUGGAACUGAACUUCAUCUUUGCACGCUGAAUUUCUCCAGUGGAAUUGGCCAUAGUAGGACAACAGCAUGGCUCUGGCAGAAAGUGCAUCUCUUCUGCAUGUGGUGUAUUUGUGGACCAAGCAGCAACCUAAUGUUUUUGCACUUUCGUGGGAGAGGGAAGAAUGUGGGGGUUUUCAAACAAACCUUUUUGUGGAAACUAUUAAAACUUUGGAUUUCUUUACACAUGUUGUUAUGAAUAUUUCAAGGAUUAUAUAUUUUAGUAACACUUACACUGCAGGUCUAAUAUAGAUGUACACACUGGAUUCCAUGGUGAGAGAAGCUAAAUCUAAAUCUCAGUCUGGGUAAUCUGGAACAGCUUUUUAGCAUUGAUUUUUAAUUAUAGGUUUACCACUUGCUUUGGGGGAAAUUAACCCCAUCAACUGACUUGGAAAACUCUAUGGGCAUUUUUAGUGAAUGAUUACAUGAUAUACUUACACGUUAAACUUGUAAGGUAAUUCCUGUGUCUUUUUCACAAGGUUUUGGUAUUCACUUGACGGACUUAAAUAAAUGCUAACAGUGGCCAGUGUAUAUUCUUUAAAUGAGGUUUGCUUUUAUGUUGUUGUUUAAAUUUUGUUGCACAGGCUGUUUCUGGUUCUCUUGAAUGCACAUUUGUAUUACUUCAAACACUGAACUGGUACACAUAUCCAAGGAUAUACUGCAGUCUGUGAUGAGUUAGAGCUUUCAACUAAUAAAGAUGUUCUGUUUUUCAGGUUCUAUUUUGAAUUACAGUUUUGUCUGAAAUUAUAUCAUACCUAACAAUCCUAACUAAAAGCUUAAUUUUAAUAUUGUUCUGAAUUCUCAGUAUGUAUCUGUGGUAGUGAAUGUAAAUACAGAUGGAAACCCAACUUUAAACAAAAAUCUAUAAACAGUGUUGUAUAAUCUUAAGUACUUCCUAGCCCUGUAUUCUAAUCAUGUGUAGAUUAGUAAUGGAUAUUGUGAUGCCUCAGAUGGAGUUUUGUUUUCUACAGAGAAAUGGGCAACUUGGGGGAGAAAACUUUGCACUUUUAGGGUGCAAUCUUAUACAAUUCCAGACAGAAAAAUACAUUUUUCCCUGUCUAAACUUGCAUAGGAUUGUGCCUUUAAAUGCUAAUCACAUCUGCAUGAAAAUCAUUGUAAUACAAAUGGUACUGGAAAAUACUGAGUGUGCUUGCUUACAUGGUUAAUGCACUACAAGCAGAGCCACUGAUGUUAUUUAAUAUGUACAGGAGCUUCAUUAGAUAAAUGUAUUCUAACAUCUAUAAAUAGCAAAGCCUAUGUUUGAAUAGAUGGAUGUCUGGAUAUAAUGAAAAUGCUAUAUUUCAGGAUUCCUUUUUACGUGAAUAAUGUAGAUUGAUUUGUAAAAUAAGUUUCAGAAGAAUUUUGUUACAGGAGACGUGGUCUGCGGAAGAUUUUUUAAAAUGUAUUUUUCUAGACUAACUGCUGUAUCUGACAUUUGCUAUGUGGAAUCUGAAUAAAGAAAACUGUUAGCCAUUUUGGAA